GUUUCGAGUGCAAGAAUAAUUUUUGCUUAUAUAAAGAAGUGUGCUUCGCCGUUUAAUAUGUUAAUUCUGCCAACUGUGCCAAAACCCCGACAUCAUAGCCAUGAACAAGUUUGCUUCUUUCGCAGUCAUCUUCUGCGCCUGCAUCGUGGGCAGCUGCUACGCCAACUACGGUGGCCAGGAGAGCUACGGACCCCGCGGAGGCUCCUAUGGCCAGGAUGGCUCCGCCGCCUCGGCUGCCAGCUCGGCAGCUGCCGCCGGAAGCGAGGGCCAGCAGCGCUAUGAGCGCCCCGUGGAGAUCAUUGCCGGAGGACCGCGUGGCGGCUAUGGCCCCGAGAUCCUGCGUCCCAUCCAGAUAAGCGCCGGAGGAUAUGGCGGCGAGCGUCGUGGCUACAACCAUGGUGGCAACUACCGUCGUGGUGGCUACGGACCCCGCUGGACCGUCCAGCCCGCCGGAGCCACGCUCCUCUAUCCUGGCCAGAACAACUACCGCGCCUACGUUUCGCCCCCGGAAUACAGCAAGGUGGUGCUGCCCAUCCGCGCCGGCGCCCCAGUGGCCAAGCUCUUCGUCCCCGAGAACCAGUAUGGCAGCCAGUACGGCAGCCAGUACGGUGCCCACCGCAGCAGCGGCUACUAGGCGCAUGCUUGAUCCCCAGAUCCCAGCCAACCGGGCGGAUACUUGAUCUCAGCCUGAUAGUCUGUACAUAAUAAAAACCACAAAGGAAAAUCAUAA